CUGGCUUCAUAUAAAGCACCCUGCAGGGGUUGUAACAAGAAGGUGGCUCUAGUAAAGAUGAGGACCCACAUCGCUUCCUGUUCUAAGGUGCAGGAGCAGAUGGCCAACUGUCCCAAGUUUGUUCCUGUGGUGCCCACCUCCCAACCUAUACCAAGCAAUAUUCCAAACCGGUCAACAUUUGUGUGUCCGUUCUGUGGGGCCAGAAACCUGGACCAGCAGGAACUGGUGAAGCACUGUAUGGAAAACCAUCGUAAUGACCCAAAUAAAGUGGUGUGUCCAGUGUGCUCAGCCAUGCCGUGGGGAGACCCCAGUUAUAAGAGCUCCAACUUUCUUCAGCAUCUUCUCCACAGACACAAGUUCUCAUAUGACACGUUUGUUGACUACAGCAUCGAUGAAGAGGCAGCGCUGCAAGCAGCUUUGGCACUAUCACUGACUGAAAACUGACCGAGCUCACACCACUGCCCCCUCUGCACUUCUGUUGAUCCUUCUUGGAGGUCGAGGCUAUCAUCCACCCAGCACACAGCUGAGCCAGCCUGGUUCAUGGAGUGUGUACAGGAGCUCCACCACAGACUGGACUGGUGUUUGGAAACAUUCGUCACUGCUUCAUUUGGUGAUCUGAAGAGAAAGCUGGACAGUUUUCAGUAGGUCGAGGCUGUAUUCACAGAAGUCAUAUUAACCUGUUUGUUUUGAACAAUCUAAACAAAAACCUGAAACAUGUUUGUUUUCUAAAUAAAUUCCAGUCUGCAUCUUUUUGCUCUGCCCAUCGUCAGCUUCACUUCACAGCUGCAAUAAGAUCACGACCUUCCUGAAGAUGACACAUACUGCUGAUGUCAAACCCUCAGAAAGGUCAGGCCUUGACGGGCUGCUGCGCGAGGUUAGAUCAGAAAGCCAGUGAAGCCUGCAGAGUUCAGGUGAAAAACCUUUGCUUGGACAUAAUUCUGUGGUGAGCUGCUGGGAAGCCACUGACCUGCUGGUUAUCUGCUCAGCACAGCCACCCUGUGUCCCUCCUGGCAGAGCAGGUCACCUACUGACUGGAAGGUCGGUGGUUCGAUCCCCGUCUGCUCCAGUCUGCAUGCCAAAUACCCUUGGGCAAGGGACUAACCCCCGUUGCUCCCCGAUGCAUCCGCCCGUGUCAGAGAGAAAGCACUUCCACAGAAGAAAAGUGUUUGUUUGUGUGAAUGAGGCAAGUUUAGAAAGAUGUUUGACGCUGUGUUGAACCUGAUGCAGCCGACGUGUUUCUGCAGCUUUGGACACGUCUGUGUUUCCUCUGCAUGUAACACAGCCGCAGCACAACGCUCCUGUUGUUUCCUUUUGUCAGGUUUAGACAGCUGAUGACAUCUUUGAGCAGGUCUGACCUGUGAGCAGAGGACGUCAGUGAGCAGCCGAUGCUGAGGUUUAAUGAACUCUUUUCAUUGUUUUGAGCGUGGCUGCCAUUAGGUCACCAUAGCAACCCGAACACAACAGAGUUGUUCAGUUUAAAGUCGUCGGUGAGUAAAACGAACUGUGAUCAGCCCACACGUGAUGUAACGUCCACAGACUCAGCUGGACGAUGUCAGACAUGAAUGUCGAGGUUUUGAGAUGUAUCUGCGUUUGAACGUGGUGGAGUAUCUUCACAAUAAACAUAUUCCUACUGCGAGCACACGAAAUAAAAAUAAUAAUUCACCAGGUU